UACGCAUGCAGCAGUCUGAACCCGGCACGUUGGGUUAUACGAGGUUAAUAUUUCGUCAUCCUGGGUGCGUUUAGGCAAAAACUCACGAGUAUCAUGGCAACAUUCGGCUUUCCAGCGACGGUGAGACUCGGGAGAAGGGCAAUAGAGAAUUUCUAUCAACUCGGCAAAAUCGCAAUCCUAAGGCCGGCAUUGCUCAGUUCGACAGCAUUUCAGAGAAAACAGUCUUACAGUAUGGCGACAAAAGAGAGAAAGGUGGAGGGUGGAAGUGGUGAGGCGGCGCAAGCGGCAGGAGGAGUAGAGAAAGAAAUGACAGAGAACGAGAAGAAGUUGAAUCUUGAGUUGGAAGCAUUGAAUAAAGAUCUCGCCGAGUAUAAGGACAGGUCGAUUGAGUUAGAAAAUAAAUACAAAAGGGCGUUGGCCGACGGUGAGAAUCUCAGAGUGAGGUUGACGAAACAAAUUCACGACGCUAAGCUGUUUGGUAUACAAGAAUUUUGCAAGGAUCUACUCGAGGUUGCUGACAUUCUUAACAAAGCAACAGAGAGCGUGCCAAAGGAUGAAAUCAGUGAAAGAAAUCCUCACCUGAAAAGCCUUUAUGAAGGAUUAUCGAUGACCGAAGCACAACUACAAAAGGUUUUCACGAAACAUGGACUCGUGUCUUUGAAUCCACUCAAUGAGAAAUUCGACCCAAAUCAACACGAGGCGUUGUUUCAACAGGAAGUUGAAGGUAAGGCUCCAGGAACCGUCGUUGUGGUGUCAAAAGUUGGGUACAAAUUACACGAGCGUAUUGUGCGGCCGGCAUUAGUUGGAGUAGCUAAAGCGUAGAACUAUCAGAAGCGAUAUAUUUACGUUCGAAGACAUCCAUCUUUACACAUCAGCAAAAGUUGUAAACUACAUAGACAACCUCAUAUUAUACACAAAAAACACUACUUUACUGCAGUUAUAUUACAGUACGUAAUACGUUACUGAGCUAUCGCUUCAAGUGAAGUAUUGUGCAGACUAUUGUUAAUAUUAUUAUUAACGACUAGUCAAGAGUUGAUGAAUAUUCUUCAUUUAAUAAUUUAUGUGGUUCAUAUUUGUUAAAAAAAAAAAGGGAAAGAACAAAAAAAUUAAAAUACCGACGUACGUGCGAGAUAUUUUAUAACUUUUCGAUUAUAGGCACUACGAAGUUGAAGCUUACCUUGCCUAGAUAUUCCUGUUAAUUUUAGUACGUAUGUAGUUUCAAGUGAGUUGAAUACGUUAUAAUUUGUUUUUGUGUCAAAAGUGUUUUGUAUUAGGUCUAGUCGGUUGGAACGAAUCUGUAAAGCCGCGUAAAAGUAAUUUUCUCGUUCUUUCGAAUUUUCCUAAUACAAAUUCUCUUUUUGUCAUCUUUGUUUUCUAAUUACCGUUAGGAAUAAAUUAGAAAUG